GAUGUAUAUACCAAGGUGAGCUGCGGGCAGAAUGAGUUUCUGCCAGGCAGCAUCCGUUCAAACAUCCAGGAGCCCACUAAAGAUGGGGCAGAAUGAGCACUGCCCCUGGCUGAGGAAGCUUGCUUGGAUGGGGCUGUGCAAGUGUAACCAGCUGAGCGGACAGGUGCAAGGGACUGGAGAGACCCGUGCCGUGGCUGGGUGGGCUCAGGAAGAGGAUGGGGGGUUGCAGCAGGUAGAAUUGGAGCACAGGCUUUGUGCCGGGAGGUUGAAGGAAGGUGUGUAGGGAGUAGAGGGCUGUGUACCUCUUAUCUCCCCGGCUCCCCAGUCCUGGCAUCACUUUGGCCUCCUACCCCAUCCCCGGACCAGCUCGGCCAGCGUUGACAUUCCCGGCCUCCGGCCUUCGCCGCCCCCACACAUGCCGCCGCAGGGAGCGGCCCGACCACUGCGUGACGCCUCGAGGGGCGGGGUCUCGUUUUUAAAAGGGGCCAGACGCGGCGGCGCCCGCCCCAAGACCCGACCCGGGUCACAGGGAGGGCUAGUUCGUGCUGCCCACGGCGUCAGCCGCGUUAGCGACACCCUCGAGUCCGCGGCGGGCAGCAUGCAGCUCCUGGUGAAGGUGCCAUCUCUUCCGGAGCGGGGAGAGCUGGACUGCGACAUCUGCUACCGGCCCUUCAACCUCGGGGCCCGCGCGCCUCGCCGCCUGCCCGGGACGGCGCGCGCCCGCUGCGGCCACAAGCUCUGCACCGCCUGCCUGCGCGAGCUGGCGGCGCGCGGCGACCGCAGCGGAGCGGCCGCGCGCGUGGUGCGCUUCCGCCGCGUCGUCACGUGCCCCUUCUGCCGCGCGCCCACCCCGCUCCCGCGCGGCGGGGUCACGGAGAUCCCUGUCGACCCGGACUUGUGGUCGCGAUUGGAGGAAAAGGCGCGGGCUGAACGUGAACCUGAUGAGGCUGGUAGCCCGGGCAGGGAAGGUGGCGACGCCGACCGAGAGGCCGACGAGGAGGAAGAGAGCGACAAGGGGUCGGGGCCGAGGAGCGCGGGGUGGCGCGCGUUCCGACGGCUCUGGGACAGGUUGCUGUCGCCCGCGCGCCGCUGGCGGCGCCCGCUGCCUAGCAACGUUCUGUACUGUCCGGAGAUCAAGGACUUGGCCCACAUGACUCGCUGCACGCUGUAACCCCGAGGCCCGGAAGCUGAGGCCGAAGGAAGGUG